AUGCAAUUCUCCAAGAUCGCUGCUGUCCUCUCCUUCGCUGCUGCCGCAGUCGCUGCCCCAGCCCCAGUUGCUGCUCCCGCAGCGGCGCUUGAGGCCCGCACCACCUACCCAACAAAUGCCUGCAAGACCAAUGGCAAAUACUCGGCAAAGGGUUCGAGCUGCAAUGGAGGCGAAGAAUUCUACUGCUACCAAGUCAACGGGAUCCUAAACAUCCUCAACGUCAACUGCCUCCUCAACGGUAACGACGUCAACGUUCCCAUCAACGUGGUCGUUGGAGACAUCUCUGCCGAUCUGCUCGACAUCAUCAUCAAGAGCGUCAAAAUCCUAUAG